AGGACUAGGGCCGGUUUAUGCAUAUUAAUGAGGUGGGAGGAGCCGAGGAGGUCAGUAUAUAAGCGGAGGCGCAUCCCUGCUCCCACGCAGUUCGCGCUGGGAGUUCGAAGAGGAGAAUUGUCCUUAAAAACAGGAAGGGGAAAAAAGACACCGGAGAAAAUGGCAUCAGAUGAAGGAAAGCUCUUUGUUGGUGGACUGAGUUUUGACACUAACGAACAGUCACUGGAGCAGGUUUUCUCCAAAUAUGGACAGAUAUCUGAAGUUGUUGUUGUAAAAGACAGAGAAACUCAGAGGUCCAGAGGCUUUGGCUUUGUCACUUUUGAAAAUAUUGACGAUGCAAAAGAUGCAAUGAUGGCCAUGAAUGGGAAGUCUGUUGAUGGCCGCCAGAUCAGAGUUGAUCAAGCAGGGAAAUCAUCUGAUAACAGAUCCCGUGGGUACAGAGGAGGCUCAGCUGGAGGCAGAGGCUUUUUCCGUGGAGGCAGGAGCCGAGGCCGGGGCUUCUCCAGAGGUGGUGGUGGAGAUAGAGGUUAUGGUGGUGGCAGCAGGUUUGAAUCUAGAAGCGGGGGAUACAGUGGAUCCCGAGACUACUAUGGCAGCAGCAGGAGUCAAGGCAGCUACAGUGACAGACCUUCAGGAGGGUCCUACAGAGACAGCUACGACAGUUACGCUGCACACAACGAGUAAAAAACUUCCUGGCUCAAGAUCGUCCUUCCAAUGGCUGUAUUUAUAAAGAUUUUUGGAGCUUCGCUGAAAACGUUCUUGUGUAGUCAUCUCCUUUGUAUUCUCACUUUUGUAGUAAACUCGCAGUUCUGACCUUGUCAAAAAAGCACAGCCUGACAGCUUCUAAUAUGUGAUGGUCUGUUCAGACUCAAUGAAAGUUCUGGGUUUUUCCUCUCAAAAGUGUUUUAACAUUUUUUAAAGCACUUAAAAAGAUUUUAGUUCAUUUGUGAGGCAAGCGCGUGUGUGUGUGUGUGUGUGUGUCUUGGAUUUUUUUUUUGUUAAGAAAGGCAAAAGACAGGAAGGUUUUGGGCCCCGUUUCUGUUUUUUCAUUUGAGCAAGAAAGGACCGUAAUUCCUCAGUAGAAGCUGAGCAAGCUGUGAACUCAGUUUUCUGUUCGUGCAUCAUUUUGUAACUUUGAACUUUAGUGUAGCAAGGUGUAGGUUAUUACAGCCUGGGAAUGGAUUUUGAAAGGCAACCCACCUUGAUAUACCUAAAGAGCGAUACUUGCUUGUAUGUUCAACCUGCAUUAAGAGACUUUUACUUGUAUGCCAUAAAACUUAACCCAGAGAGACUCUGCAAAUCUUAACCAUGCAAAGAGGUUCAUGGAAAAAAAAAUAUGUUUGUUUCUAUUGUCCUUUUUUUACUGGAAGAAAGUAUGCCUAAUUCAAUUGAUGUUGUAAUUUUGAAGUGGUGAAAAGGAUUUCUUGUACAGUUUUCCUUUGGCUUCACGAAGCCUAUUAAAAGUCCAUCUGAAAAAAAUACAUUCUGCGCUUGAAAUCUUAAAUCUUGCUGCACAACACAAGUUCUGUGGAUGUCAAUGGGGAAAAAAAUUGUACAGUUAAGAUAGCACAGCACCAGUGAGCGAGAGGGUUGUCUUAGGGGAAAUUAAUAUACAGACCCAAAGUAAGUGGUAGAAGCUUGCUACAGAUCUGUGCACCAUAACUCAAGAGUAAGACAGCUUGAGGGAAGCAAGAGUCUCAAAGGGACAGUGCAGAUCCCCUUAAUGGGACCAGUUGGAAGUUUGGCUGGAGUUGAUGCAGCCUUUGUAAGUAACCCAGUGGAAUCGACUUGGUGACUCAGAACAGAUAGCUUACUGACAGUGAUAGGACCAUUACUAGUGUAAGUGAGAACUAGCUGACACCUUACCCAACUGAAAGCCAGCCAGACACUUAGUCUAGAAGGAAGAUCUCAGUCUGACCGUGUUCCAAGGCGGAUAACUCUGACCUAAUUUAGCUAGCUUUGUCCUUGCCUUCUAAGUUCUAAGAAUUCUCUGCUAGCGUAUGGAAAACGGCAGUGCCUUGGCGAAAAAGAAGUGUUGUGCCUCCAACAGAGAGAACCUCUGAGACGAAAGCUGCUCUCUUGGCUAGUUCAUAUGUGGGGAUAGUCCUGUAAUUCGAGGUAACUCUUUUCCUCAUGUCCGCAUCCUUCCUCCUGUUGAGAAGCUCGUGAUCCUUUUAUUUUUGGAAACUGAAUGUUUAACUUAUGUGAGCCAAAAAAAAAUUUUUUGGGCCAGAUUUGCUUGGCUUUUUUU